GGCGGGGCAUCGCGGCGGGAACCGAGCAACGGGAGUGAUUGGCAGCUGUGCUUUCCCAGACCAAAACAGAGAGGAAGCGAGGCGCCUUUUUUUUCUCUCUCUCUCUCCUUUCCCGGGAAAGUUGGGGGAAAAGUGGGAAGCAGUCAGCGUCGAGAAGAUCCUCGCCAGAUGUGGCCGAGAAGGAGAGGAACUGAAUAAAUGCCGUGGGGAAGCUCAUCUUGCUUGGCCCAGAAGAUGAACUUGCCAAGGUCAGGAGUCAGUGGGUGGAGAGCAGCUUUGAACCCUCUUGCCACUGAGCCCGAGGAGGGCAGGGAGGCCAAGGCCGGAGCCAAGGCCGGAGCCAGCCUCCCUCUCAAGGAGCUGCCAGCGGGCUCAGAGGCCCGGCGCUUCCGCUGCUUUGGCUACCAGGAGUCGGUGGGGCCCCGGGCAGUCUGCACCCGCCUGCAGCAGCUUUGCUAUCGAUGGCUGAAGCCCGAGAGGAGCAGCAAAGCUCAAGUGGUAGACCUGGUGAUCCUGGAGCAGUUCCUGGCCGUGCUGCCCCCGGAGAUGGCGGGCUGGCUGAGGGAGUGCGGAGUGGAAAGCUGCUCCCAGGCGGUGGCCCUGGCCGAAGGCUUCUUGCUGAGCCAGGCCGAGGAGCGGAGACCGCAGGUGAGAGCCCCUGUCUUGGGAGGAAGCCCUCAGGAGGACGGCCCGAUUUCCUUGCCCACCUCAAAUAUGCAGGAGCCCUUGAAGCCGGUGGUCUUGGAAGCUCCUGAGGUGACAGAAGGUCUCCCCCGUCCCUCUAUGGAUCAGCUAUGGGGAAGCAUCCCUGGAGAGGAUCAAAAUCCUCCUGGUGGUAGAUCAUCAACUGCUCAGGGUUUGAUAUCCUUGGAGGAGGUGGCUGUGUGUUUCACGGAGGAGGAGUGGGUGCUGCUGGAUCCCAGCCAGAGAGCUUUAUACAGAGAGGUCAUGCUGGAGAAUGCUAGGAAUGUAGCCACUCUGGCUUACGGGCUGGAGCAUGAGAACUACAAGGAGCAAAUGAUCAAGUCUGAAGAAGAGACACUGGUUAAUCCAGAACCACCACAAGGGAUUAAGAAAAGCCGUAAAGUGAGUGGAGGGAAGGAAUCUCCCGGAUACAAUGAAGUCCUUUAUCUCCCAAUCCAGGAAGUUCACCCUCAAGAAGAAGAGGGGAAAUAUCUCAUAUGUGGCACAGGAGACAGAUAUUUCACUAAAUAUUCUGCAACCGAGACUGAAGAGAAACAAUAUGAAUAUCAAGAGAAUGGACAAAGUAUCAGUUCUGUCUCCUGCCUGGCUUUACAUUGCCCAUCGUACGCCCAAGAGACAUCCUGUGCAUUUAUAAAUUGUGGGGAAGAUUUCAGUUUCAGCAGGCAUAUAAUUUCCCAUCCAGAGGAGAAACCAUCUGAGCGUCGAAUGGAUUUCAGUAAGAAACAGCUACUUAUUUUACGUCAAAAAAAUCCCCCAAAGGAGAAACCCUAUAAAUGCCUUCGGUGUGGAAAGACGUUCGCGCAGAGAGGUAACCUUACCAUACACGAAAGGAUCCACACGGGGGAGAAACCCUAUAAAUGUCUGGAGUGUGGGAAGACUUUCGCUGAGAGAACUAACCUUGUCACCCAUAAAAGGAUCCAUACCGGGGAGAAGCCAUAUAUAUGCCUGCUGUGUGGAAGACGAUUCAAUCAGAGCGGUCACCUUACGAGACAUCACCGAACCCACACGGGGGAGAAACCGUAUACGUGCUUGCAGUGUGGGAAGAAGUUCAGUGGGCGUUCCACUCUUGUGAAGCACGAAAGAAGCCACGCAGAAGAAAAACCGUAUCUAUGUACGGAGUGUGGAAAGAGCUUCCAUGACCUCGGUGUCCUGGAUUACCACAAAAAGAUCCACACGGGAGAGAAGCCGUUUCAAUGCGCGGAGUGUGGAAAGAGCUUCAGGCGAAACAGUCACCUCGUGAAACAUAGAAGAAUUCACACAGGGGAGAAACCGUACCAGUGUUCGGAGUGUGGGAAAAACUUCCAUCUGAAAAGCAGCCUUUUGCAACAUAAAACCAUCCACACGGGGGAAAGGCCCUACCGGUGCUCCGAAUGUGGGAAAGGCUUCAGUCAGAACAGCACUCUUUUCCAACACAAAGCCAUUCACACGGGCGAGAAACCUUAUAAGUGCUUGGAGUGUGGGAAAAGCUUCAGUCAGAACUAUAAACUCUUGCAACAUACCAGGAUUCACACGGGGGAGAAACCAUACAAGUGCAAGGAAUGUGGGAAGAGUUUCAGCUGUAGCAGUGAUUUCAGUUGCCAUAAAAAGAUUCACACGGGGGAGAAACCCUAUAAAUGUUCGGAGUGCGGAAAGGGUUUUCAUAAAAGAAGUUGUCUUACAUCUCACAAAAGGAAGCACACCGGAGAGAAGCCUUAUCAAUGCACAGAGUGCGGGAAGAGAUUUUCUUAUAACUUUGUCCUCCGAUAUCACCAACAAACCCACACUGGGGAGAAGCCAUAUAAAUGCUUGAAGUGUGGAAAGGCGUUCAGUAGAUGUUCAAAUCUUAAAAUCCAUAUACGAAUACACACGGGGGAAAAACCAUAUACCUGCCCGGAGUGUGGAAAGAGCUUCCGUAAGGACAGCGACUUUAUUCGUCAUAAAAGGAUCCACACGGGAGAAAAACCCUACAAAUGUUUGGACUGCGGGAAGGGCUUCACUCAGAACGCGAACCUUAUCAAACACAAAAGGAUUCACACGGGAGAGAAGCCGUACAAAUGCGCGGCGUGUGAAAAAAGCUUCAGCCAGAAAAACCACCUUUCUCAACACGACAUACAUGAAAGGAUCCACACAGGGGAGAAAACCUAUGAAUGUCUGGAGUGUGGAAAGAUUUUCACCGAGAGGCGUAAGCUUAUCAUACAUGAAAGGAUCCACACAGGGGAGAAACCGUAUGUAUGCCUGGUGUGUGGAAGAAAAUUCAAUCAAAGCGGUCAACUGACAAGACAUCAGCGAACUCACACGGGGGAGAAACCGUAUAGCUGCCUGCAGUGUGGAAAGAAAUUUAGUGGAAGUUCCAACCUGAUGAUACACGUCAGAAGACACACGGAGGAGAAGCCGUAUAUAUGUUUGGAGUGUGGAAAAAGCUUCCGUGACAACAGUGUCCUUGUCUGCCAUAAAAGAAUCCACACAGGAGAAAAACCAUACCGAUGCCUGGAGUGUGGAAAGAGCUUCAGUCAAAACAGUAGCCUUUUGCGACACAAAAGAAUCCACACAGGGGAGAAGCCGUAUCAAUGCCCCGAGUGUGGAAAGAGCUUCCGUCAGAAAAGCAGCCUUUUGCAACAUAGAAGAAUGCACACAGGAGAAAAACCGUACACCUGCCUGGAAUGUGGAAAGAGCUUCAACCAGAGCAGUCAUUUUAUGUGCCAUAAAAGGAUUCACACGGGAGAAAAACCAUACAAAUGCAUGGAAUGCGGAAAAGAUUUCCGCCAGAACAGUAGCCUUUUGCAACAUAAAAGAAUUCACACGGGAGAGAAUCCGUACCAAUGCACUGAGUGUGGGAAAGGGUUUGGUAAGAACUAUAAGCUUUUGCAACAUCAAAGGAUUCACACGGGGGAGAAACCGUACACGUGCAAGGAAUGUGGGAAGAGUUUCAGUUGCAGCAGCUACUUUAUUUGCCAUAAAAGGAUCCACACAGGGGAGAAACCAUAUAAAUGUCCGGAGUGCGGAAAAGGUUUUAAUAAAAGCAGCCAUCUUACAUCUCACAAAAGAAAACACACAGGAGAGAAGCCAUACCAAUGCACGGAGUGCGGAAAAAGAUUUUCUUAUAAUUUUGUCCUCCGAUAUCAUCAACGAACUCAUACAGGGGAAAAACCAUAUGCAUGCCUGAUUUGUGGAAAGAGGUUCAGUGGGCGUUCAAACCUUAGAGUCCACGUAAGAAUCCACACGGGGGAGAAACCACAUAAAUGUGCAGACUGUGGAAAGAGCUUCCGUAAGGACAGUAAUUUCAUUUGCCAUAAAAGGAUCCACACGGGAGAAAAACCCUACAAAUGCCAGGAAUGCGGAAAGGGCUUUACUCAGAACGCGAACCUUAUCAAACACAAAAGAAUUCACACGGGAGAGAAACCGUACAAAUGCGCAGACUGUGGGAAAAGCUUCAACCAGACAAACCACCUUUCUCAACAUGAACUAAUCCAUAAAAGAAGGAAAUCAUAAUCUGAGAGCUUAAUCCCAAAUCGUGUUAGAUUUUUUUUUUGUCUCCAAAAUGAACAAUAGAAAUUGUGUAUUAUGUUGUGAAAUAUUGUUCAGUUAGAAGAGUAGCCUUAUCAGACCGAAAGGAAUCCAUGGGGGAGAACCUAUAGAAAUACCUGAAGCGUGAAAAGGGGGCCUUGCUCCUAUUUCCACUAAGAGGUUUUAUUUUGUGAGGAACACUGGAAUUAUAGAGAUGUUUUCAGUAUUUUGUGAGGAACGCUGGAAUUAUAGAGAUGCUUUCAGUACCCGCUCUGGCUUCUGUUUUUAAGAGAAAUUGUAGGAGCAAACUCGCAUAAAGAUAAAUACGUGAAUUCAAGUAAGCUACAUGGAGUUUAAAUGUGCAGCGUGUAGAAAAAGCUGAUUCAUUUAGGAGAAACUUUUAACAAAAUAUACCAUCGUAGAUUGCAAAGUGGUUCCCCUCAGCAGAGAAAACUGGAAAUGAACACGGAAAAAGUAGGGAGGGCUGAGACUUCUUCAAGAUGGAAGCCUCCUUGUCAUUACUUGAAAAUGAAUUGGAAUCAUUGCUAUUCCCCCCCCCCCGAUUUCUUUCCGAUUAAUAAAGAAGGUGGCUGCCUCAGGGUCCGUCAUUUCUGAGCCUGCACCAGUGAUAGUCCAGGUGAUCCAAAUUCUGCUGGCCCAACUUAGCCUUCUGAAAAUCUGCUUGGGUUGGUAACUGCUGCUACCUGUUGAGGCUUAAAUGUAUAUUCACAAAAAAAUGUUCUAUAAGAAAAAGAAAAUGUGGCGAAUGGAACACCUGAAAAGAGGAAAAAAGAAGCCUCCAAGAAGAAUGCUGUCAUAGAGCAUGGAGUUGCGGUGAGGGUAUUGGGAAUGUUCAAGGAAAUGUGAAAAGAAUGAAACUGGAAAACGUGAAACCACAAAGUGGAGCACCCUGAACUAAAUGAAGUGAAUUGUACCAGGAAGGGCCAGCUGAACUUCAGUGGUUUUGAGAAACUCUAUUCAAAGCAGGACCAUCGAAAGCAAUGCGGCGUCCAUUCAGAGAGGAUCCUCUGACUUUGUGUCCAUAACUCAUUAAACAAAGGUUUUUUCUGCCAUCA